AAUAGAGCAUGGGGAAACCAAGUUUAAAUAGGACAUAUAGCAAUACACAAACCAAGCAAAAUGUCUGUCAAAAAGCCUGUUAAAGAUGGAUAUUAUCGAACAGAGCUGAAUAAAUCGGAUUGGGAAGUGCCUAAUCGUUACCAGAAGUUGAAUUUAAUCGGAUAUGGAGCUUUCGGGCAAGUUUGUUCGGCAAUAGACACAGUCACUGAACGAAAAGUGGCCAUUAAGAAACUUUCUAGGCCUUUCCAAUCUGGUGUUCAUGCUAAAAGGACUUACAGAGAAUUACGUCUGUUGAAGCACAUGCAACAUGACAAUGUGAUAGGUCUUGUGGACUUGUUUACACCUGCUGAAAUAUUUGAGGAGUUUGACGAAUUGUAUCUCGUUACUGUUUUGAUGGGAGGGGACUUGAACAAGUUGAUCAAACAGCAUAAACUCAGUGAAGAUCACAUCCAGUUCUUCAUUUAUCAAGUACUUCGAGCCUUGAAAUAUAUACAUUCCGCUGGAAUUAUUCACAGGGAUUUAAAACCAGGAAAUAUUGCGGUGAAUGAAGAUUUAGAGCUAAGAAUCUUAGACUUUGGUUUAGCCAGACAGACGGACGAUCAGAUGACUGGAUAUGUGGCCACUAGGUGGUACAGGGCGCCGGAAGUGAUGCUCAACUGGACUCACUAUAAUCAGACCAUGGAUAUGUGGUCAGUUGGCUGCAUUAUGGCCGAAAUGUUAAUGAGAAAGCCACUGUUUCCUGGAGGGGACCAUAUAGACCAGUUGACACACAUUCUGUCUCUUGUUGGUACUCCAAAUGACCAGCUUCUAGACAAGAUUGACAGCCAAGAUGCAAGAGAAUAUGUUAAACAAUUACCAAAGUGGACGAAGAAAAGCUUCAAGGAAGUUUUUAAAGGAGUGAACCCACAAGCCAUUGACCUACUUGAGAGAAUGCUUGACCUGGAUGGAGACACCCGUAUAACAGCCGAGGAAGCUCUAGCUCACCCAUACAUGAGCAAGUACGCAGACCCCUCAGACGAGCCAACUGCUCCGAAAUUUGACGACUCUUUCGAGUCCACAAACUAUUCCGUGUUGGAGUUGCGAAAAUUGGUGUUUGAUGAAGCGAUGAGUUUCAAACCAGCUGAUUCCGAAAGCAUGGAAAACUAGUAUAAACGCAUGUUAAGGCUGAAAAAGGGUCUAUAUAUGAUUACCCUUUAAUGGCUAUGAACAUAUUGAUAGAUAUUAUGUUAAACAUAAACCCCAUACUGUACUGGGCUUCUAUAGAUAUAGGAUGAGAUAUGCUAGGUUUGAGAAUGUUGCAGCCAAAGUGACACUUUACUCUGCGGUUGUCUAUGAUAUGUAGUAAAUACUGUAGUUUCCACUUUUUAUUUUAUUGUACGUCUAUGCAUGAACAAUUGAGAUUGCACCAACCUGAGAAUAACAUUAAUGAUUUUAACACCAAUAGUAAACUACUAGUAUAAUUUAUUGCUACACUUGUAAUAAUCUGGUACACUCGUAUUGAUAUUGCCAAAUUUUGAAUUAUAUGUACCCUAACCCUAUCCUGAUUCUAGAAUGCAAUUACGCAAAUAAAAUAUAAAACCUAAAAAAAUCAAUAUCUAAUCCUCUUAUUAAAGGAACACGUACAAUACAGAUUGAUGCAACAAAUGUUAUCAUCAUGCAUUUACUUAUAUAUAUAUGUUUAACUCGUUGUAUUUUAUUGAUAAAAACAACAUAUUAUGUGUACGAGAUAAAACAAAUAAAAGCGAUAGUUCGA